CCGGCUGUGCGCAUGCGCGGCGCGGGUUACUCGGCUAGCGGCUCUAGGCGUUCGGCUCGCCGCCAUCUUGGACCGGGGCUUCAUUGUUCGCGGUGGGCCGGGCAUUUUUGUGUAAUUGCCGCCAAAGAAGAAAGUGAAGUAGCCUCCAGUCAAGCGAAGAGGUCCGCUCUUCCGCAGCCAGCAGCCAUAGCCUCCUCAACAAUUUGCGAGGUAGCGAAGGGCAGGGAGCUGGACCCUGAGGUGCCGGCGCGACCGCAGCAGCCAUGGAGGACGAGAUGCCCAAGACUCUAUACGUCGGCAACCUUUCUCGAGAUGUGACAGAAGCUCUCAUCCUCCAGCUCUUUAGCCAGAUUGGACCUUGUAAAAACUGCAAAAUGAUUAUGGAUACAGCAGGAAAUGACCCAUACUGUUUUGUGGAAUUCCAUGAGCAUCGUCAUGCAGCUGCUGCACUGGCUGCUAUGAAUGGGCGGAAGAUAAUGGGUAAGGAAGUCAAAGUGAAUUGGGCAACAACCCCCAGCAGUCAAAAGAAAGACACAAGUAGUAGUACCGUUGUCAGCACACAGCGUUCACAAGAUCAUUUCCAUGUGUUUGUUGGUGACCUCAGUCCAGAAAUCACAACUGAAGACAUCAAAGCAGCUUUUGCACCAUUUGGAAGAAUUUCAGAUGCCCGAGUGGUAAAGGACAUGGCUACAGGAAAGUCUAAGGGAUAUGGCUUUGUCUCCUUUUUCAACAAAUGGGAUGCAGAAAAUGCCAUUCAGCAGAUGGGUGGCCAGUGGCUUGGUGGAAGACAAAUCAGAACUAACUGGGCAACCCGAAAGCCUCCAGCUCCAAAGAGUACAUAUGAGUCAAACACCAAACAGCUGUCAUAUGAUGAGGUUGUAAGUCAGUCUAGCCCUAGCAACUGCACUGUAUACUGUGGAGGGGUGACAUCAGGACUGACAGAACAGCUAAUGCGUCAGACUUUUUCUCCAUUUGGACAAAUAAUGGAAAUUCGAGUCUUCCCAGAUAAAGGAUAUUCAUUUGUUCGGUUCAAUGCCCAUGAAAGUGCAGCACAUGCAAUUGUUUCUGUUAACGGUACUACCAUUGAAGGGCAUGUGGUGAAGUGCUAUUGGGGCAAAGAGACUCUUGAUAUGAUAAAUCCUGUGCAACAGCAAAAUCAAAUUGGAUAUCCACCAGCUUAUGGCCAGUGGGGCCAGUGGUACGGAAAUGCGCAACAGAUUGGCCAGUAUGUGCCUAAUGGUUGGCAGGUACCUGCCUAUGGACUGUAUGGCCAGCCGUGGAGCCAGCAGGGAUUCAAUCAGACCCAGUCUUCUCCACCAUGGAUGGGACCUAAUUACAGUGUGCCGCCACCUCAAGGGCAGAAUGGCAAUAUGCUGCCUAAUCAGCCUGCUGGAUAUCGAGUGGCCGGGUAUGAAACCCAGUGAAAAGAGACCACAGAAUGGAAGCCGUGGCUUGAAGCCACAGGGAGGGUAGGAAAGCUGUUGUUUACGUAAAGAUUUAUCAGAUCAGUCAGUACAAAUGCCAGAUACAAUGUAUUUAUUUAAAAGAUUCAUUUUUUAAUCAUGAAAUUACUUUUCAUCCACAGUUUUAAAAAGAAAUAAGAUAGUGGAUGUCUGCCAAUUUUUGCCUUUAUUAUCCUUUUUGAUAAGGUUUCUCAGAUCCUUGUUUCAAAGACAAAUGCAGGGGUUGCUGCCACUUUAAAAAAAAUAAGAGGCAGAAAAAUUGCACAAUGUUGAACUUUUUUCCACUAAAGUAGCGUGCAGUUUUAGUUUGCAUUCCUGAUUUUUAAAACAUGUAAUAUAGAUGUAAAAAGAAAA